AUGCGCUUCGGUUUCUUUGCCGUACUUUUUGCUGCAUCAACUCUCUUGGCAUCCGCUGCUCCACUCCCCAGCCCUAUGAAGGGACCCGCCACACAUGCAAAGUGGGAAGAGCAUCACCGUUCAGAGGCCGCCAAACAUGCGGAGUCAGCAAGACAAUUCCGGGAUGUAGCCGAAAUACACAAUAAUCACGCCUGGAUGGCAGCAGCCAGGGGUCGUGACAACUCUUCAGAUGUUCGUCUAGCCAAGAGCAAUAGGAAGCUAUCAAGGGAACAUGCGGAUGCCGCUGCCAAACACCAGAGUGCGGCUAACUGGCAUUCUCAACAGAAUCCCCAUCUUCUUUGGUCACCACCACAUCCGCGAAGCAUAGACGAAUUGGAUUAG